GGGCGAUGUCGCGGUGGACGGUGCACCUGGAGGGCGGGCCGCGGCGCGUCAAUCACGCCGCCGUCGCCGUGGGACACCGGGUCUACUCCUUCGGGGGCUACUGCUCGGGCGAGGACUACGAGACCCUGCGGCAGAUCGACGUCCACGUCUUCAACGCGGUGUCCCUCUCCUGGAUGAAGCUGCCUCCGGUCCGGACCAGCGGGCGGGAACAGGCCCGGGAGGUUCCCUACAUGCGCUACGGACACACGGCGGUUCUGAUGGACGACACCGUCUACAUCUGGGGUGGCCGCAACGACACUGAGGGGGCCUGCAACGUGCUGUACGCGUUCGACAUCGGAACGCAUAAAUGGUUCACGCCCGCCGUGUCUGGCAUGGUCCCGGGUGCGAGGGACGGACACUCGGCCUGCGUGCUGGGCAAGACCAUGUACAUCUUCGGGGGGUACGAACAGCUGGCUGACUGCUUCUCCAAUGACAUCCAUAAGCUGGACACCACCACCAUGGCCUGGUCUCUCGUCAACGCGCGGGGCACGCCGGCUCGCUGGAGAGACUUCCACUCGGCCACCAUCAUCGGGACGAAGAUGUUCGUUUUCGGGGGCCGGGCGGACCGAUUCGGGCCCUUCCACUCCAACAACGAGAUCUACUGCAACAAGAUCCAGGUGUUCGACACGCGGACCAACACCUGGCUGGACUGCCCCUCCACUCAAAUACUGCCUGAGGGGCGGAGGAGCCACUCCGCAUUUGCCUUUAACGGAGAGCUGUACAUUUUUGGCGGAUACAAUGCUCGUCUCGACCGCCACUACAACGACCUCUGGAAGUUCAACCCCGAGAGUUUCUCCUGGAAGAAGGUGGACCCCAAGGGGAAAGGACCCUGCCCUCGCCGGAGACAAUGCUGCUGCAUGGUGGGAGAAAAAAUCAUCCUGUUCGGAGGCACCAGCCCGUGUCCAGAGCAGGGAAUGGGAGACGAGUUCAAUCUGAUGGAUCACUCGGACCUGUACAUCUUAGAUUUCUGCCCGGAUCUGAAGACGUUAUGCAAGCUGGCGGUAAUUCACUACCGUCUGGAGCAGUCGGGCCUGCCUCAUGACAUCAGGUGGGAACUGACCGCGAUGACCACCACAGCAACAUCAGCCAGACCCAUCUUCAGCUCUCACGGCUGAACCGGAACCAGAACCGGAACCGGAACCAGAACCAGAACCAGAACGUGAAGCGGCUGCAGGGAGGCCACUUUUCUUUUUUUUUUUUUUUUUUAAAUUUCAACUGACGUGGGAAGUGUUUUUGGCACGGGGUGGGAAUACCUGC